AUGUAUUCAAUAGUGAAAAGUCGUUCGUUUCUUCUAAAUCUGGGAUUGAUGAACAUCUUGCUGAUUGCAAUCUCAGUUUUACUGGUGUUUUGGUAUUUUCGGUGGCGUCAAAGCAGGAAGCAUCUGUACGAAGCAGCCGCGAAGGUGCCAGCAUCAGAUUGCAUAAUUCAACUACCUAUACUUGGUCACAGCCUUUACUUCAUCGGAGACACAGAGCAAAUCUUGAUAAAUCUUAUUCAUAUAACGUCGAAAAGUAGUAAAACGCCGUGCUCGGUUUGGUUGGCUCACAGGUUGUUCUUUCUCCUCAAUAAACCUGAGCAAAUGGAAGUGGUUCUGAAUAGCCCAAAAUGCUUGGAGAAGGAUGAUUUGUACAGGUUUUCUAAGCCGUUGAUAGGGCAUGGACUUUUCAAUCUAAAUGUUGAUACGUGGAAAAUUCAUCGCAAAUUGAUUAUGCCCAGCUUCAAUCAAAGGCUUCUCGAUCAAUUCGUCGACGUUUUCGUCGAGCAGUCCAACGUUCUUACCAACACAAUUCUUUCCAAAAAAGUGGGUAAAUUCUUCGAUGUCGAGGAAUACAUAACAGCAGCUGCAUUGGAAAUGGUCAUUCAAACUGCAAUGGGUAUAAAAACUAAUAAUCAAGAGAGCAAUUGCGAACUCGCCGAACAAUUCACCAGAGGUUUAGAAAUUAUGUUCAUGAGGAUGUUCAAUUUUAUUUUUCAUUCGGAUUUUUUGUUCAAUUUGACCAGUAUGGCGAAAGAAGAAAGGACUAUUGUAAAUUCGUUCCAAAACUUCAUUCGAACAGUUAUCGCUGAUAAAAGAGCAUCUCUGAAAAGGAAAGAGCAAGAAAUGAAGCAGUCUAUUGAAGCGGAAAUUGGUGAAUUUAAAGAGCGCAAAGUAUUCUUGGAUCACCUCAUCGAAUUGUCUCAAAAUCAACAGUUAACUGAUCAAGAAAUGAUCGAAGAAGUGCAAACAUUUAUGAUUGGUGGAUCAGACACUUCCGCUACAGUCGUUUCCUUCGUUUUAAUAUGUUUGGGAAUGUUUCCUGAAUACCAGCAAUUGGUUUAUGAAGAAAUCCUUGAAGUUGUUGGAUUAGAUCGAGACAUUGAGUGCACGGAUAUAGCGAAAUUUAAGUACUUGGAGAAAUUUAUAAAGGAAACGAUGCGGUUGUUCCCAAUUGGACCAAACAUCGUUCGAAAAGUAACCGAAGACCUUGAACUUGAUGGUCAUAUUCUACCAAAAGACAGUGGAUUGGUUCUGGGUAUUUUCAGCAUCCACAGGAACGAGAAAUACUAUCCCAAUCACAUGAAAUUCGACCCAGAGAGGUUCUCUCCCAAAGAAACCGCUAAAAGACAUCCGUACGCUUAUCUUCCAUUUUCCGCUGGACCAAGAAACUGCGCUGGUGUCAAAUUUGGUAUGUCCGUUGUUAAGACAAUAGUUGCUACGGUGACAAGGAAAUACUUCAUAGAGACGACCUUCAAAAGCAUCGAAGACGUACGAAUUAAGCAAUCUUUGAUCAUCAAGAGUUGCCUUGAUGGUCAGAUGUUACCAAAAGGCAGUGGUUUGGUUCUGGCUAUUUUCAGCAUCCACAGAAACGAUAAAUUCUAUCCGAAUCACAUGGAAUUCGAUCCAGAGAGAAAUUGCGUUGGUAUCAAAUUUGGUAUGACCGUUGUUAAGACGAUAGUUGCUACGGUUACAAGGAAAUACUUCAUAGAAACGAGCUUUAAGAGAAUCGAAGAUGUGCGAGUUAAGCAAUCAUUGAUCAUCAAGAGUUGCCUCGGUUUUCCAAUCAAAUUGACAGAACGUGACACCACAUUAGUUGAAUAG